CGGCUUCUCUCGACCAGGGACAUGCGCAGCAACCCGCGGAACGACAGGUGCGCGCCGCGCCGACGACCGCGAAUCGCUUAGUUUCGGGUAAGCGCACGAUUCCGCCUCUGCCGCUCUGUCCUCGCUGCGAGACGAGCAGACCCGCCAGUCGCUCGCGACUCUGUCUACCAUUCGGUUGCUCGCUCCCGCUAAUUUCGUCGUCAACGUCUCUCUCUCUCUUUCUCUCUCUCUCUUCCGGCCCUCCUAUCCCAUCGGUGAUCGGAAGAGAGAUCGUUCGUCGGUGACGAUCGCGGAUCCUCUCGCCGUAAAGAGGAUCAUCCGCUAGAUCCAAUCGGCUGUCGACGCCCUGGAGCAGCGGAAGACCCAUCGGCGCUUAUCGAGCGCACGUGUUCUUCCCUUUGCUCUUCUUCCUAUCAGUCUUCCUUCUUACGGAGAACCUCCCUCGUCGACGGACACAGUUCCCUUAUCGGAGGUGGUGUUUAUCUCCAGUUCUUCUCUCGUGUUCGGACAUUCGCGCGCCGUUCUCGCCCCGAUCGCCCCGUCUCGCCGAGGCGCGAUUUUCUUGCUACGGUCGCUGAGGAUCCCGGGGUGCCGGUAAAAAUACAUCUCGCGAUCGUGCUGACGAAACAGCGAGCUCUCCCGCUGAUCUCGCUAAUCUCGACGGUGAUUGUGGAUUACUGUGAUUAUCUGUGAACCCGCACGGUGUGCUCCUGAUGAAUGUGAUGCUCUAGGAAAGUUUCGACGCGUCGGCAUCCCGGCAUCCCAGGUGGAUCCUCUCUCGAUCAUGCACCGAGGACAGGACCUCCUCCGCGUAAGUGUGGGAAUGCGAGCGACCGCGGCGGUCGUCUUCCUGCUUCUCGGCGGAUUUGUCCUCCUGCGCGGAGCCGAGGGGAGCGGCGAGCCGUGGUUGAGAAGCGAGAAGCAUGCCGAGCUAGGAACGGAGAUUUUACUGCCCUGCGUCCUGAAAUCACCGCAAUGCGAGGGUCUGCACAGCAUCAAGUGGUAUCGCGGACCUACGAGGAUUUUCAUUUUCAGCGAGGACGCCGGGAUUAUACGCGGCAAUAACGACAUUGCUGCCAGGGCGGAUAUAGAGUAUUCGGCGAAUUCAUCGAAAACAUAUUUGAAGAUACCCGAGGUACAGCUAGAGGACGAGGGCCUAUACAAGUGCGAGGCCACAUACAUGGCAGUCAACCGCGAGUGCAACAACGUGCAGCACAUUAUUCUUAACGUCACAGUGCAACCAGCGUCUGUACGUGUCAUCGAUGCAAAUUCGAAGAAUACUCUGAGCACCGGCACCACUUUAGGACCUAUAAAUGAGGGCUCGACAAUAUCAUUGUACUGCGAGAGCGGAAAAGGCAAACCUGUACCUACGGUCGAGUGGUUUAGGGAUGGAGUGGACCAGCCACUCGAAGCAACGAGCUCGUCGACUAUCACUGAUACCGGAAUUGGUACUGGCAGUAGUUUACUGGAAAUGCAAAUUACACGAGAAGAGUUAGGCGCAACAUUCACGUGUAAAGUCAACAAUAUUGCACUCGUGGAGCCACUCACGGUUGAUAUUAAAGCAGACAUACACGUACGUCCGCUGAAGAUGGACUUGGACGGGGUGGUUGGUCACGUCGUGCAAGGAACGAAGAUUUUAUUGCAGUGUACGGUGCAAGCCGCACGACCUGCCGCCAAUGUGACGUGGAAGAACGGAACGCACUACCUAAGCGAGAGCAACGAGAGAUUUGAAAUGUUUGAGACGAAAAUACAGGGAAACGAGGACGGUACAUUCGACACGAUAAGUUAUCUCGCGUUUACAGCAACGGUAUACGAUAACGGCAAAACGUUCAAGUGCUACGCUGAGAAUUCGGUUACUCGUACUGAAGAUCUGAAGCCAAUGAAGGAAGCAACAACAAUCGAAGUAUUAUAUCCGCCGAUGAUUAAAAUGAAACCGAACAACAUAACUGUUAACGAGACAGACGACUUUUUUAUAUUCUGCGACUACGAGGCAAAUCCGGCUACGCUGCUAAAAGUAACAUGGUUACGAGAUGACGACGAAUUAGCGUUAAACGAAGAACAUUAUGACGGUGGAAUCACGGAACAAACAGCACUCACGGUGAAAAACGCGACUCCUAGCGACAUGGGUUCUUACAAAUGCAUCUUGGAAAACAAUGCCGGCUCAACCGCUUCCGAGGACGCCGUGCAGGUUUCGGUCUUUUAUAAGCCGGUGGUGGAAGUGAUAAUGGAUCCGGAAACACCUGUGAACGAAGCGGAUCGUCAGAACGUUUCGUUAACGUGCGAGGUCGACGCCGGUAAUCCGGCGAUACUGGCAGCCGUUCGUUGGUACUUGGACGGGGAUCUAUUGAAAGAACUUCCGGACUGCUCGAGGAACAGCACUGCCAUGACAUCAAGCUCCGAGGAAUCACUGGCGUUCUGCGACAUCGACCCCAGUAAGCUGCUGCUGGAAUCUGUCGGCCGCACUUUCCACGGCAACUACUCCUGCGAGGGGAAAAACGAGGCUGGUUGGGGACCGGUCUCUCCAAGCACGCCUGUCGUAGUUUAUUAUAAGCCCGGCCCGGCAUCGAUAACGUACGAACCUCGGCAAGUGGUGAAGAAACAAGCGUUAUCCAUCACUUGCUUCGUUUUGGACCCCGGCCGACCGAGGGUGUCAGGCUUCAAGUGGCUGCGCGGCUGGCACCGACUUCCAGAUGAGAACGAAGCCACGCUCUUCAUCGAGUCAGUUAAUUUGGAAACCGAGGCGAAUUUCACAUGUCUGGCGUACAACGAAGCCGGUGACGGAGAGCCAGCCACAACGUUUAUCGAUGUAUCUGCGGCCCCGACGUUCAUUAAGAAGCUGCACUCGUAUCGCGGCUACGUCUACAGCUCGCCUAACGUGAGCAUCAUGUGUUGGGUUGAAUGCGCCCCAAUCUGCAAUAUUUCCUGGCUGAGGGAUGACAUUCCCAUGGACUUCACGAAAACGAAUCGAUACUACGUGUCGAACGUUUAUCAUCCACCCGACCCGAGGACCAACGACUUCGAGAGCAUCCAAUCGACCCUUGUAUGGAAUCUGACGGUCUGGCCGAACGGUCAGCUCGACCGUGCCGAGGAUAACGUCAAAUUUACCUGCAGGAGCAGCAGCAACGGGAUCGGUGCGGGCGUGGAGAGUAGUACUCACUUUCAUGUCGAGUUCCCUCCGGAGGAUAUCACAAUAUCGAAGAAGAUAAUUAAUGUGAUAGUGGACACAAUACCGGAGACCGUCGAGUGCAACGCGAAAGCACGACCGAAAGCAAACUUCCGGUGGUUCCGCGAAGGAUCCACUGAUACCAUUAUGGAAGGCCACGUGUUUGACUUGAAAAUGCCAGUACCACGACGCAGUAACGGCACUUACUACUGCGAGGCGUCGAAUCGUCAUGGCUCUUUGAAUAUCUCAAUGAUCAUGAAUGUGCAAUUUAAACCGGAAUGCCACAUAGAGAAAGAACGUUUCGAGGGCCAGGAUUACGUCGUUUGCUCAGCCGUCGCUAAUCCGAAAGAAACGGAUUUCACUUGGUCAUUGAAGAACGAAAACGACACGCUAGAGCAAGCUGCGGUAAUACGAAGCGGAAGAAGUUACAUGCUCCUCGAUACCUCAGUCACUAACUUCCGGACGUACGUGUGCGUGGCGAACAACACAAUCGGCCAUUCUGUAGCGUGUGAACGCGACAUACCAGUCCACCAUGGAACUAAAAGUCAUAUACCAUGGUGGCAUCAAUUGGAGGGUAAUCUGCUACUGAUUAUUAUCGUAGUGGCGGUGGUCAUGAUACUAGUCCUAAUACUAAUCUGCGUGGCCAUUUACAUCGUCUGCCGACGGAAACGUAGCCAAAUGAAAUACAGUACUCGGGUGGUCCAUCUGGAGGAACGCGAACAUCCAGACGGUGGACCGCCAAGUCCGACGGUAUCCUCGCACUCGGUGCAAAGCCCGGCGCAGCCGACGCCGGCGCCGAGGUGGCCCUUGAAGCCGGGCGUGCUGGUGCACAUCAAUCGAACUCACAGCCUGCGAUCCGGCCUGAGCGUUCACGCGAACGAGGCUAAUCUACGUAACGAGCUGGUGGGCAAACAUAACGACGAGCCGCUCAGGCAGAGGUUCCUCGACGAGACGCCGUUGUCGUCGAUCGCCCCUAACCCGGCACGGACGGUAUUCCGUCGCGGUAGGAAAGAUCAAACCGCGCAGAGGACAACCAGCAUGACCAGUCUCAGCGAGGACGGUAUGCUCGCCCGGGCUAACAAGAUAAAAGCCAUGUUUGGCGUACAGCUCAAAGAGCAGGCCACCCUGCCCGGUAUAUCCAGGGAAAAGACAGCUGUGACUUACAAGAGAAUUGUGCCGCGGCAACGGCUAUUGCACGGCGUGGAACCGUCCUACGAGCCGCAUCGUGGCAACGUGUCUCGUAAGCGAAAAAAACCCGGAGCAGAUCCCAAUCAAGCCGCGAAUAACAAUCAUGUGAACAGCGUGUCGGAAGUUCUUCCCGACUCCGGGACAAAGACGUUCUACGAAAAUUUACCUUUCCACGGAAUCCAAGCGCCACCUAACAAGUUGGUUACUCCUAAGUUUGCCCGAGUUUCGGCUUUGCAUGGCACGUUGCAUUCCAUCACGACCUCGCCGUGCUCCUCACGGCCGCCGAGCAGAGCUGUCAGUCUCUGCGAUGGCAGUUCCGGCUACGAGUCGACCAUGAGCCACCUAGGGCCGCACUACAACGUGUACAACGUGCCCAGGAGCAAUUCGCCGGUGCUCAAGUACAACACCCUGAAGCCGCGGCGACGCAAGCAGAAGCACUCGCAGCAGUUCUACUCGUUGCGGCUCUGUCGCCGGCAUGAGAACAUUCGCAGGAAGUACGAGCUGUACGCGAUACCGAUCUAUAAGACGUGCCCGCACAGGAGCGACAGCGUGGCCACAAUCGCGACGAUCGUCCGGUCGAUGGAGGACGCGCCGUCCUUGACCCUGAGUCAGACGUCAGCGUCGCUCAGCCUGAUGACCCGAUCGGCGCCGUCGACGCCGAUACCGCCGUCACCGUCGACGCCGCCGAUACCAGCGCCGAGGACGUCGAAAAAAACCGACCCGUCCAAACACACUUAUCAAAAUGUCCCUCCCCCCGUUUUUCCGCCGAAAAACGCUUCGUUGCCUAAGCUUAAGACCGACAGCCUAUACAACUACAAAGAACACUACCAGCAGCAGCAUCGGCAGGAGAUGCAGCAGUACAGCUACCCCUUACCGAGCAACAGUUCGAACCAACUAACACUGCCAUUAACGCGCAGCCUCUACCAUUCCUCGAUAGUUAGUCCCCUGCAGACCUCCCUCGUCCACACUAACAACAGCCGGCCGUCCACCCUGAUGCACCACGAGGCCGCCAACAUUGGCAAUCACCUGCCUGCGGUGCAUCGGGACGAGGAGCAACAGUCUAAUUACGGCAAUCACGACGCGAGACAAUCGUCGUCGCGUCGGCACGCGACGAAUCGGCGGAACGAGCGUAAUCGGAAGUACCGGAAGCACGAGCGAACUUCGAGCGAUCGUAGCAAGUCGAAGCAGAACCGGCCAAGAGACAGGGACACCCCGUCGCGGCGCAGCAAUGCCUCCUUUGACGCGGCCGACUGCGAGACCAGCUUCCACCAAAUCCCGGAUCUGGGCGUGCCCGAAACGACGUACAAGAUCUCGUAUCCGCAUUACUACGAGGACGACAUCGCCGAGUGCUCCGCCGACUAUCGCAAGCCGAACUCGGCGCGCCAGCAACAGCAGCCGUGGGAGCAUCAAACGAAUCGCUGCAUCAGUAAUAACGCGCCUCAAUUCGCAGCGGACGCGGCCGACGCGAAAAAUCGCGGCAAAACGUCCAAGACACGGCUCGGCGACACCCGCAGCAUACCGUCCGCACCCACGAUAAUGCAGUACGCCGAGUUUCACUUCCGGGAUGUCGGUCAGGAGAUCGAUGUCUAAAGCCCUUCAAGCCGGAAUUCUCCGAUCUUGAUUAUGCGGACGUGGACUACAAGUCGUACGGGCCGAUUAACUAUAAAGC